UCCAUAUGCAAUUGAACGGCAGCACAUGGAAAUGACAAGUAAAUAUAAGCUGGGCAUCAUGGAAAAUAAAACUGACCAGGUUGAAAAAUGGCUGGAUAAACACAUCCUUAUAAUGAAAUUUGACAGCGCUCUCCGUAGACCAGAAGUAAUACAGGGGGAUAUUGGUGAAGAUGGUGGAGAAGUAAAAGUAUCUUCUUUUACUAUAUAUUUUCCCCCGGGCGCAGUUCAAGGAACGAAGACAUUUUUCUUCGAGUCAAGUUCAAUUUUAGACGAAAAUCCGUCAAAGCACUUUGUCCCCAUUUCCCCUGUUCUCACAUGCAAACGACAGGUAAACGAAUCCUGCAAAUCACAAGGCGGUAAUCGUUUGCCAGUAACUUUCAAGAAGCCAGUCAAAAUAACAAUGAAAACUUUUUGUAGCCCAAAACAUGUAGACAUACCUGUUAAGGUUUCGGUAUUCCAUUCAAGUGUCAUCAAAGGGCAGAAAGAAAAAUGUCACACAGCACUACUAGGACAAUUGGGGGUUAUUGAUAUUGAAGUUACUGACUUUUGUCAUUUUGAGGCAAAAGUCUCUGAUGAUCAGUUAAAAAACAUUGAAUUCUCCUUGAAAAACAAUGUCAGUUUUGAGAAUACAAAAAGGGUGAUUUCUUUUUUUUGGAAAGAAAAUAAAAACAUCACGGCUAAUGAUUUAGGCAACUGUGGAGGUCCAAUAGCAACUGGAUUUCCAUUGCCAGUAGAAAUAGGUGUUGCCCAAGGUUCAAAUAUUCAAAUUUCCAUGGAAUGUGAUAAGCCAAAUGAAACUAAACUUGUACCUUCGGAACUUGGUUUUGAAAUUACAAAAAAAUGGCUUAUGCAACAGUGGCAUAUGGAAUUUUUCAAGUUGAAGGAACUACCACCCCAACCUUGUACUAUAGAAAUUGAUUAUACCAUCAAAGAAAUAGAAUCAAACGAAGAACCCAGACCUCGCCCUAUUAUUAUAGAAUGGCCAUUAAAACAAAAUGAAUCGAAAUCAACUGAGAUCGUUGGUAUACAAGUAAACGCUCCUUGCCACAUAGAACAGAAAGGAAACAUUAAAGCUUCGUCGACAUUAGGCAAAAAGGAAACGUCGCACUGAAGUACAGAAAAAAAAGCCUCGUUAGUAUUGAAUAUAUGAAUUUUGUCCAAUAUAAAAUCUCCAAAUUCACGUUGUCUAAAGCAGUGUUCUUCAACCUUUUUUAUUGUGGUAUACCUUUUAUAAUUUUUUAUAAACUUUGUAUAUCUUACAAAUACAAAUGUUUAUUUAAGGUUAAAAUAAACGUUAAAUUUUAAGCA